UUUGAAGCCAUGGUGUUCUCUAAAGCAAAGGCUUAGAAGAGCUUUCAGUGCUUAAUAAGUUGAAUGCAGCGGAUUAUAUAGUUGAAAACAUCAUUUAUCUUUCAUGCUUUUGUUGGAAGGCCUAGGAUGUCUGAUGAAUAUGGAGCAUUUUGAUGCUUGGUUAAUUAGCAAAGAUGUUCUAGAUGGCAAAGCUGUUACGAAUAUACUGAUUCUAUGACGCUAAUGUAUCAUCGUUUUCAUCAUUUUGGUCUUUAACAAGCUACUAAACAAUCAUUGCGUGCUUAUAGCUAAAGAUUGGACUUGCACCCCAUACUUUGGACUUCUUUAUCAUGUUCUUAGAUCCUGUUUGUUGAACAAGAAAGGAAAUUCUGUUGACCAAGUGAAUUAAUGUGGAAAGUAUAAUGUCUGACGAGGCUGGACAGAUAUUGAUGGUUUAUGAUGAUCCCUCAGACCAACGAUCUUUGUCUUUAGAUGAUACAAGCAGCACAGAGGAAUCACCAGAUGAAAUUACGUUCUCUCUUGAAUCCGCUAAUGAUGCAGUUCCAUAUAUUGGGCAAACAUUUCCCACCCAUGAUGCUGCUUAUGAAUACUAUAGUGAGUUUGCAAAGCGAUGUGGCUUCUCAAUACGUCGUCAUCGAACUGAGGGAAAAGAUGGCAUUGGAAAAGGACUAACAAGACGUUAUUUUGUCUGUCACCGUGCUGGUAACACUCCUGUCAAGACCUCAAGUGAAAGUAAACCUCAAAGAAAUCGAAAAUCCUCUCGCUGUGGAUGUCAGGCAUAUUUGCGAAUAAGCAAAAUCACAGAAUUAGGAGCUACAGAAUGGCGGGUCACAGGUUUUGCAAACCAUCAUAAUCAUGAGCUCUUGGAACCGAAUCAAGUUCGUUUCCUCCCUGCAUACCGGACCAUAUCAGAUGCGGACAAAAGCCGAAUCCUUAUGUUUGCCAAGACAGGAAUUUCAGUGCAGCAAAUGAUGAGGCUUCUGGAACUUGAAAAGUGUGUGGAACCAGGAUAUCUGCCAUUCACUGAGAAGGAUGUAAGGAAUUUACUUCAAUCAUUUAGGAAGUCAGAUCCUGAAGAUGAGGGCAUAGACUUACUGAGAAUGUGCAGAAACAUCAAGGAGAAAGACCCUAACUUCAAGUUUGAGUACACACUUGAUGCAAACAGUAGGCUAGAGAACAUUGCCUGGUCAUAUGCAUCAUCAAUCCAAUCAUAUGAGAUAUUUGGUGAUGCAGUGGUGUUUGAUACAACACAUAGGUUGACAGCAUUUGACAUGCCCCUUGGAAUAUGGGUUGGAAUAAAUAAUUAUGGUAUGCCUUGCUUCUUCGGUUGUGUGCUUCUACGAGAAGAAAACUUGAGGUCAUUGUCAUGGGCAUUGAAGGCGUUCAUAGGGUUUAUGAAUGGGAAGGCUCCACAUACAAUAUUAACAGACCAAAAUAUGUGUCUCAAAGAAGCCAUUGCCAUGGAAAUGCCAGCAAGUAAACAUGCACUGUGCAUAUGGAUGAUUGUGGGAAAAUUUCCAUCCUGGUUUAAUGCUGUUCUCGGAGAACGGUAUAAUGAGUGGAAGGCUGAGUUUUAUCGACUAUACAAUUUGGAGUCGAUUGAGGAUUUUGAACUGGGAUGGAGGGACAUGGUUAAUUCAUUUGGGCUGCAUACUAACAGGCACAUUGCAAACCUGUUUGCUUUGCGCUCUCUGUGGGCAUUGCCCUACUUAAGAAGCCAUUUUUUUGCGGGAAUGACAACAGCUGGCCAGUCAAAAGCCAUUAAUGCCUUCAUUCAGAGAUUUUUGAGUGCACAAACCCGUCUGGCGCAUUUUGUAGAGCAAGUGGCUGUUGCAGUAGACUUUAAAGAUCAAGCAGCAGAACAACAAACGAUGCAGCAGAAUCUCCAAAACAUUUGUCUGAAAACUGGUGCUCCUAUGGAAUCACAUGCUGCCUCGGUCCUCACCCCAUUUGCCUUCUCCAAGCUCCAAGAACAACUUGUUUUGGCCGCUCAUUAUGCAUCAUUUCAGUUGGAAGAUGGUUUUCUUGUGAGGCACCACACUAAACUGGAUGGAGGCCGAAAAGUCUAUUGGGUUCCUCAAGAAGGAAUCAUAAGCUGCAGCUGCCAACAGUUUGAGUUCUCUGGAAUACUAUGUCGGCAUGCUCUCCGAAUCCUUUCGACAGGUAAUUGUUUUCAAAUCCCAGACAGGUAUCUUCCCCUUCGUUGGCGCCGAAUAAGCUCAUCUUCAGCAAGGCCUAUGCAGAACAAUCCAAAUGAUCAUGCAGAAAGAGUUCAGUUAUUACAGAGCAUGGUGUCAACACUGGUGGCAGAAUCUUCAAAGUCAAAGGAGAGAGUGGAUAUAGCAACUGAGCAGGUUUCCAUCCUUUUAUCUCGCAUAAGAGAGCAGCCAGUUCUUCACAAGGUCUGAGAGAUAUAUCCCACAUGCACAGGAAUCUUUGGAAUUUAUGUCAAGACAGUAAGUGAAUGCUGAAAUCUGAGUUCUUUUGGAAAACACAGCAGUUUUGGUGAAGCAUAUAUACGUAGUAGAUCAGCAAAGCAGGGUUUGAUGUAUAGAUGAAUCCUCCAAUUGUAGUGGCAAGAUCUGGCCUAUGUGGGAUUUUAUUCAUUUCGAGCUGAUCUUGUGCAUUUUGUUAUGUGUAAUCGAAAUCCUACUAGGAGUCUUAGUUGUGAGCAAUGGCUGUACGUAUGUUUCCGUGGGGUUUGCCUGCUUGUUUGGGUUCCACAAAGGUUCUUACAUGUAUAAAUAUCUACAGACUUGUGUUCUAUGUGCAUUCAUGUCUUUUUCCCUUUUA